AUGUCGACACGCUGCGCUUGCGCAAAGGUCUCACGCCUCGUGCAUGUGGUGCUCCACCAGCCGCACCGCUUGCGGUACCUGUCGACGACCGCCGACACGGUAUUUUUGCCGCCGAUCCAUGGUUCGGUCCUGCCGUCGGACGCCGUGGGUCGCCGCUCGCACGUGCAGUUGACGGCGCGCGCCACGGGCAGUAUCUACGUGAACGAGGCGCCACCGCUCGAGAUUGGCUCGCUCACGCUGGAAAACUAUGGGUCGGGCGCGGUGCAGGUGCAGCUGCGGUCGCGCCUCGCAGUGCAGACGACGCUCGAGGUCAAGACCAUGGGUACCGGUGCCAUUGCCGUUGCCACGCCGCACCUCGAUGCCAACCUCAUCCGCACGUUUGCGGCGUCGGACGGAGACGUGUACCUCGAGGCGGCCACGCUCUCGGUGCCGUUUUUGCGCUCGACCAUGGCGGGCGCGGGCGACAUUGCCUACCACACGCCGCAGCACGCGGUGCUGUGCGCCAACCACGACGUGUCGAUGCUCGGGGAGGGCACGAUUUUUGCUGGCGCGAUUAUGUGCAACCGCACUUUUGUCUACUCGACGGGUCCUGGCCACGUGAUUGUCGACGGCGGGCUCGUCCUCGAGACGACGCACGCUGGCAGUGGGCACACGUCGUAUGCGUCGACGCCACCGCUCUCGAUCACGCACAUUGGCUUUGGCCCGCGUGCAGGGGUGCAGGCGUCGCAGGACGUGCCACGUCAUUGGACGUUUGCCCCGGCCCCGCCGAUGGCUCCGCUCGCCGUGGCCAAUGAGAUGAAUGACGAGGUGCGGCAGGCGCUGGCAACGACGACCAUGUCGCAUGCGCUCGCGAGCAGCGUGCAAGGCGUGCUCUUUGUCUGCAUGGCCGCGGCCGUGCCCAUGCUUCUCUGGACCUACUUGAAGCGCCGCAACUACGCGCUGCUGCCGUAA